CAGCACCAAUGCCCAAGAAUUCUCCCCAAAUAAGUGGAUCUGCUGUUUAUCCCAGCAGAGGAAAACAAACCUAGUCACAGCAGCCGAGAGGAGCAGAGCUGGAAUAUGCCGUUUGCCAGUCCUGGGAGCUCGAGAGAGUUGGAUGUCCCGCUUAGGAACAUGCACCUGAGGAGCAGACCGAACCUUCUGCUGCUCCUGCUGCCUCUUCUUCUCGCUGGGAAGGUUUUGGAGGUAAAAGGACAGGAGUGGGGCUACCUGCAGGAGGUCCUCAAGGCCUUGGAUCUCCCCGUGGAGACAAACGGAGAACCCCAGCUCCAGACGAACAAAACCGGGGUCCUCAUCGCUGCACUUCUUAAGGCUGUGCACUGUGCAGAGCAGAUUGGGACCUCAGAGGACAACUGUGACAAGUGCUUGACAACAGAUCUGGCUCUCUCUGUGCUCGGAGAUGAAAGGAAGGCGUUCCUCACUGAGGAUGACUACCAGCAGAUCUCAACCGUUCUGCUCUACUACAUAAUUAACAUGAAAGAUCUGUGUGUGUCCAACUCCUCCCCCUCGUCCUCCUCUGCAUCUGACAAUUAUCAGUUCUACCAUCUGGCCCUCACCAAUCUACACCCAGCUGAGGACAACCACUUCUUGUCCCUGAGUGAAACAGAGAGUAUCCUGCAGCUGAUCAACCAGCACUACGACCCGUCCGAUCAAGACACCUCAUCUGAUUUACAAUGUAUCGAUGCCGCUCAUCUACUAGAAGACGUGGACGUAAAAGAACGUCCAGGUGCAGACGAGUCUUCUGUGUCCAGAGUGGCUGCAGCCAUCGUCAGUCACAUCCUGCAGGGACACUGCUUCAGACGGAGGGACCUUCCACCACCUGCUUUCUUCACCAACUACAUUUUACAGUCACUGAAUCAAACGAGUUACCUGCAGCUCGUAGACUUAGAGGAGCUGCUUCAUCAGCUGGGGGUCGGUCUCUCUCGCAACAGGAGGAGGAGAAGCAUCACAGAGCGUCAGGUGGACGUCGCUAACCAGGAAACUGGAGCACGAAGCAGAGAAUGGGCACAGGCGUGUUUUUCAGCCGACCAGUUGGUGGAUAUUUAUGCUCUGGGUCCUCAUUUGCCCAUUUCCAUGAAACACUUUGGACAAAUGUGCCCAGCCAUUAUUCAGCAGUUGCUAGGCAAUGCCUGUGAGUCUGCAGAGGCCAAAACAACAGGAUCACUGCCCACUUCUCUCGAGAAGUACGGCUACAGCACGGCUGCCGUCCUGCUCAUCACUGUGGGCUCCAUGUUUGGUAUCUGCCUGAUCUUCUUCAACUCCUGCCAGGAGACCUACACACUGGUCCUGCAGCUGUUUGUGGGUCUGGCAGUGGGGACGCUCUCAGGAGACGCCCUCCUGCACCUCAUACCGCAGAUAUUGGGCCUCGACUCUCACCACCAUGAUGGUCAUGAUGGACACUACGCUGAAAGGAAGGAGUAUCUGUGGAAGAUUCUGGGCAUCAUCGCUGGGAUUUAUGGGUUUUUUCUGAUUGAAAGAAUCGUCGCCUUUUUAGUUCCUUAUCACGGCCACGGUCACAACAGGGAGCUUCCUUUGGAGCUCAGCUGUAACGGUCAGUCACAGAGGGGCAAGUCCAUCUCCACCAUACAGCUUGUGAGUGUCAAACUGUUUGUUUUUUAAGUGGCAGAGAAGUCCUGGUUCGCUGUCAUUUAGGCAGACAACGGUGGUCAAAUUAGGCAGCUAGAGGUUAUAAGAGUCUGGACGCUUUUUGUUGAGCAAUUAUUCUGUUUGGACUUUUUGUUUUUCUUCACCCAUAGGUUUUUUAGAUCUCCGUUCUCUCCUUGUUUCCUGUUUUAUUUUGAAGUCUUUCCUUCCUGUGUUCCUACCUUGUCCACUUGACUUCCUGUCCUGUCUUCCCUGAUUGCCCUAAUGUGUUCCACCUGUGUCUUGUUUGUCACACCUGUGUUUCAUUGUCCCGAGUGUAUUUAGUGUCCGUGUUGGUUUGUCGCUCUGUUUAUUUCCCAUGUGCUUCUGGUCUUCCACCUGUGUUUUUGUGUGGUGUUUGUGCACUUUCUGUUUAACCUUUUACCUUUUUGGUAGUUGAAACCUAACUAUGGGUUGUUUUGGCCAAACCUUGAAUAAGACCUGCAGGUAAGGUUUUAGAAUAGUACCCAUAGCUAAACCUUUAGCACAAGUUAGGUUAGAGCUAAAGUUACAGACAAUGGCAUAAAACAAAUUUAAAAUUGCAGUCUAACAUGGGAGUUGAACCAGUAUCAACCACUUGACCUCAUUGAAGCUACUUGAUGACACACCCAGGGUACCAGA